ACAUCGCUUCUUGACAACCAUGAGGAAGAAACUUCCGCUAACAAGUGUCACUGCAGCAACAACAUGGACGCCACUGAAGGAGGUAGUCAGGAAAACGACUUUACUGGGGACGCUGGUGCGGGUAAGAUGCAAGAGCGACUUCAGAAGCGGAAUCAGGCGAGAAUAGAUGAUGUCGAGCGGAGGAAGGAAGCGAAAGAGAGCCUGUCCGUGGCGGAGGAACAGCUCGAUUAUUUCUCCAGCACAUUCAAGCGGGAGCGGGUGUGUAUCGAAGAGCUGCUGUCCAGCUGCUCCGGUGCGGACCGGGCCGUAGUGACUCAGAGACUGGAGGAAGCCACGGCCCAAAUUACACAGCUUCAAAAGUUUCUAAACGACAGCGUGUUGUUCUUGACUCAGUACGAGUUGAGACAAGCCCAGGCUGCUCUCCAGAAACUCCAGGCCUCUCUUACUGAGACCAGAGAGAAUGCUCUUCCCAAGAAGAAGUUUGCCUUUCGAGCUCGCAGUAAAGUAGCUGAUAAAGCCUCGGUGCCUGUGUCAGACUCUCCCCCACCUGAUGUUGCACCUACACCUGCAGGUCCACAUGAGGUGGAUGGAGGUGCUGCCUCUGACCUGUGCGGCUUCUUCAACAUGGACAGUGAGCAUCUGACCAAAACAUCUGAGGAGAUUCAGAAACGAGAUGUUCUCUUAAGUCAUCUGUCCAACUGUAAGGUCCGUUUGCUCGGUUCACCAAGCACCCUGCACCUGAAGCAUAUCGACAGCUGUGAGAUCCUGUGUGGGCCGGUGGCCACCUCUGUGUUUGUAGAUCAUUGCAAGAAUAGUAUACUAAGUUUUCCCUGCCAGCAGCUGCGGACCCACAGGACCACAGACACUCAGGUGUAUCUGCACGUCACCAGUCGAGCCAUCAUAGAGGACUGUCAUGGUGUUAGCUUUGCCCCGUUUUUCUGGUCUUAUCCCACUCUGGAGGAGGACUAUCGUGCAUCUGGCUUAAGUCAAGACAUAAACAACUGGAGUCAGGUGGAUGACUUCAACUGGCUCGCUGCAGGAACACCUUCCCCCAACUGGACUCUCAUCCCCGAAGCAGACAGGAAAACUAACUGGGACUAGAAUUUAAUUGUUGAGGCCCUCAUUUACCAAAAUGACGAUAUCCUCACCAACACCUUAUUAAAUAAACAUCGUUAGUCUGAUGAUAUAUAAUAUUGUUCAUGAAAUCAGUUAGGUUUUCUUUUAAGUCCGUAACUGUUUAUUGUCAAUGUAGCUGCUGUUGUAAUCAAGUUACCAGAUACAUUAUACUGUAAGUACUGGGAUUUAAACCUUCAAGUACUUUGUUUAGAGGUCAGAGACCACUGCACUUGCUAGAGCUAACACACUUAUUGAAAAGAAGAUGGAAACUGAAAUAAUAAUUGAAAGUGAUAAUAAUGAAAAAUAAAGUAAUGAAUGUUACCACUGCUUCUUCCUAAUUAUUACUGAAUCCUCAAAUAUAUGCAUAGUACUUGGGUGUAAAGAACUGUGGAGGGCAGCAUUACACCUCAAUGUACAGCCUGCUGUUUCCUUCAUCAUUAUAAUGAAGAAACAGCUGCAUCCCAUAGAGUUAAAAGCAGCUUGAAAUA